CAGAGCUGUACUGCUAUACUGCUAUACUGCUGUACUGCUGUACUGCUGCUACUGCUAUACUGCUACUGCCACUGCUUCAAUAGACCCAUAGCUGGCUGCUUCUAGGUGCAACCAUGGCCACAGCUGCCUAUCGCUCUUCUGCUCAGCCUCCAUCCCAAGCUCAAGAUCGUCUAGGUCUCCCACCUCUUCCCCGUCUCGUGGUCGCUACCUCCCUCUGCUCCCUAACAACCUUUGCACUCGGUGCUCUCUCCUCCGGCAAACGCUGUGCGCAUCAGUUCCUCGCUGAAAAUGCACAUCGACUUCCACGCACACACCAAGGUUGGUAUUUCUACCAUAAAACAAAGAAUUACAGGGUCGCGUUUGGUGCCAUCAAAGGGGGUGUCAGGUAUGCGUGUCGCGCUGCUGGAUGGACGGGAUUGUAUGUUUCAUCAGAGGCUCUACUGGAUUGGGCGCGUGGAGGGACGAUGGAUGCUGGGAAUAGUGCACUGGCUGCGCUUGCGACUGCUGGCUUGUUCUCUUAUAAGAAUGGUUUCUCGAGGCAGUUGACGAGACGCACGAUGCGGUUGAGUGGGCUUGCUGGACUGACUGCUGGUUUGUUGCAAGAUGUGGUCACGACGCACAAGGGAGGACGGAUAUGGUACAUUGAGGGUAUCAAGAGACAACUAGGCCGUCCAGGUCAACAUGCUGCUGAACAAGCACAAUAAGGAUACACGACAAGAGAAUGGCUCGAAAAAUGUCUUUCUUGGACGCGAUGAAAAUGAUUGAGUAAGUCGCUGGCCAGAAAAAGCAAUAUGAUGAGUAGGGAAGAUGUCCAGUGCUUUUCGUGUACUGAAGAAGAUCAAGCAGCAACGGCUGUAUCCGGCAACUGCGGCGCAACGGGCUUGUUACCUUCUGCCAUGACUCGAUUAAUGGCAAUUCCAACACCUUCAAAGACUGCGAGUAGACACGCACAACCAAUGGCUGAGUUGCGCGCUGCUUUAAGGCCUGACCGUGCAGCAAGAGAUCCACCUGUGAAGAAGCCUGCAAUGAUGGCAUUCCAAGGAUCUUCCUUCUUGCGCACCGCCUUCACAGAACAGUCGAAUGUACUGAACAAGCCGCCCCAAAC